CUUUCAUCAUUUUAAACAUAUUUUCGGAAUUCGAAUUAAAUUGGACAUGGUCGUAGACAUUUUACACGUUUCAGGUUUGCUAGUCAGUAACAACGCCUGCGUUCAAGCACACGUCAGAGAGUGCAAAGGUUCAGUUUCAGAAUUUCUCUGCCAACACAGCAGCAAACAGGUUUGGCAAAGCGCAUGGCUGACGAAGACAUGUGGUAGCGAGCAACUCUUCAAGAGCACACAGUUGUCACAAAACCGAAUCGAUCAUAGGAUGACUUACCAAUAACCGCAAUAAGCAUUCAUAGGUUGAGUGAUACAAAUGGUAGUGGCGUGCCAAUGGUUGUUGCUCCAUGAUGAGCACCUUGCGCUCUCUCAGUAUUUGUCAGCCUUUUAUUGGUCGUCUAUACAUCAAAUGUUUCAUGACACUGCUAUCUUAACAGUGCCAAAAGCUAAUAACAACACGAAGAAGCAAAAAAUUAUUACGAACGCUUCUGGAUUAACGUUUUCUUUUCCCGAUGUAUCGAAUGCAGGCUUCCAAGAGAACAGUCACUAACGUAAGCAAGACUUUUGCUGUUUGUGGCCUUGUUAUACUGUUUUCGUUAUCGCUCAUGGGUGACAAUGGUUCGAGAACACCUGCUCGAUCUUCUGCGCUUCACAGCGCACCCCCUUCUGUUUUUGAAGACAUCCAACAAGACAGUGGUGGCAGUCCAUUGAAAGACUUUUUGCCUGCGAUCAGAAUUCUCUGCCUCAUUUUAUCGAGCCCUAGUAACCAAGAAAAAGCCAAAGCCGUACAGGAAACUUGGGCCAGGCACUGUAGCAGCUACUUUUUUGUAACUGCAGAAAACCGCCUAGUUAAUGAUUCUCAAAGAAUUCUGAACCCUGGCGUACCGGAAGGACGUGAUAAUCUUUGGGGAAAAACAAAAGCCGCUUUCAGGCAUGCCUAUAACCAGCACCUCGACAAAUAUGAUUGGUUUUAUAAAGCUGAUGAUGAUACGUACGCGAUAAUGGAAAACAUGCGCUAUAUGUUGAAGAACGUUUCGCGCAACCAAGCCGUAUACUAUGGAUCACAUAUCAGGUCACACAGAGUGAAAUCUGAUUCACCGCGUCUCAUCGACGCGCUUUAUUAAUGCAAAUGAACGACU